UGGAUCACAAGCCGAAUAUGUCGUUAUCCUCGAUGGACACGGCCUCGUUUGGCCAGUCCUUCUCACCUUACACCACCAACCAGUCGCUUCCUCUCCAGCAACCACCCUUCCCUCUCCAGGGCCAACCAGCGCCUAAUUUUGCCCACAAUGUCCCGCAGCAGCAGCAAUACCAGCAGCUGUCUGGCGCCUACGCGCCGCCCUACUCACAGUCCAUGUCGCCCUCGGCCGUAAUGCCCAUGGCAGCCUCUCCUUCGCAUCGUGUUCCACCAUAUGCUGCUUCUGCAGUCGCACAGGGCUCGCCUCAGCAAUCGCCCAUGGCUGCCCCGCAAUCCCGACCAAUCCACUCUCCAUCCCAUGGCGUAUCGCCAGUGAACAUGUCGCAAGAGAAGGAAAGGAUAUCGCUGCUGUUGGAAAUCAAUCUUGAAUUGCUACAGGAAAUGCACAGAUUGCAGGCGCAGGGCAAGGGUGGCGCAACCAGCCCGCAGGCAGCCGCUCACCUCAAANAAGAGGGUCUGCCAGAUGCGCAUGCGUCCGACGAGUACACCCAACUACAUUCGAACCUGGGUUAUCUCUGUAGUCAGACAGAUGGCCAGUCAAAAUCUGGAGCCAUACCGCACCCUCCAUCUUAUGUUACGGCACCUCCGAACAUGCCCCAGCUGGAGUCCAAGUAUGGCAAACUGAGGACUUUGUUCCCAGGUUGGACCGGUAGGGACGGCCAGAGACGGUCAAUGUCGAAUGGUGCAACAAACGCGCCAACGCCCAUCCAGGGCUUUACCAAC